AUGUCUGUCGAAUCGUUUGUGCAAAGAAGAACGUUAGAAGCAGUUUCUUCAGUGGGACUGGCUGGAUUUUCAAACGCCAUCAAGAAUCCCAUUUUGAUGGCGAUUGCAAGAAAGAAGCAUUACAAUACUUUGAUGAACGAUGCACCUCGUGAAUCACGUUCACUUUCUGUGCAUUUCGACGGUGAUUUAGGUCUAGUGAAAACAAUAGCUUUGAGAAAUUAUGAGGAAAACAAACCGACCACGAAACUCCAGUUGCUAUUCUUUUUCGCUGCACAUAUCAAAUACUUUGAGGAGGACAACCUCCCGUCGACGCAACUAAUAGAGCUUUCCAAGCUUAUUCUAAAGAACAAGCGAACGCAAGAUGCGACUGCUUCUGCGCUAGUUGAGAUUGUUAUUCUAUUUAUCAAUCUCCAUGCAUCCAUCAGGGCGAAAGCGUUUACAGAUCCACUUGGGAUGGUGUCGGCAGUAGCUUUCCUGGAUGGCGAAUUGGAGCGAUGGGAAGCAAAUCUCCCUCUUGAAUGGGAUUUUACUGUACGGAGCAGAGACUUGCUAGAUGGGAGUUCUUUCAAUGGGAAAUGUCACGAAUAUUGUGAUGUCCGGGUUUCGCGAAUGUUUAAUCACCAUCGACGGAUGAGAAUAUUAUUGAAGGAACUUCUUCUCGAGCAUUUGAAUAGGAUAAAAUACCUUACGUCUGAACAUUUAGUUCAAAAGAUGAAAGCAUUAAAAACAAUCGACAGGAUGGCAACAGAUAUUUGCACUAGCAUCUCUAGUUAUUUUGACCAUGCCACACUAGUGGAACGUCCAACAUUGUUACCUCAAAUGAGCGGUAUACCAGUGUUCUUGAUGGUUUGGCCGUUAAUCAUCGCUGGUGGAGGAAUUGGUGUACCACAACAUUUGUACAACUGGGUUCUCGGUCGAUUGGAUAUUAUCAACAAACAGUUAGGCGUUUUAUCCGCGCAGACAAUGAUGGAGCGGGCCAAGAUACGCCGACAGUGGUGGAUUCGUGCAGACAUGAAAGCAUCACGCACAACAUGCAAUGAUACCUUAUUUCCCCUGAUCCUUGAAACUGGCUGCGAGAUGCAGAUGGAGAUGGAACCAUUGGACUGA